AUGCCAGGUCCCUCAAAACGAAUUGCGGUGGCUGGUGGAACUGGAGGAAUUGGCAGCCACGUCGUUGAGGGUCUCCUAGAAAUCAAGGAAAAGCACUCCCUUCAUAUCAUCGUUCUAUCCCGUUCCUCUAAACCAGACGUCAUUUACGCGGGUGCUGCUGCUCCGGUCAUUGCUACAGACUACAACAAUGUCCAUACGAUCGAGCAGGUUCUUCGAGAGCACGACAUAGACACCGUCAUUUCAACCAUCGUAGACACCGUCCCCUCCUCUUUUAAAGCCGUCCAGCAACGCCUUCUUGACGCAGCCCUCAAUGUUCCGUCCGUCCGUCGUUUCGCUCCCAGCGAAUUCGCGGUUGAUUCCGAAAAGCUCCAGUCAACCGUUGUGUUCUAUCAGUCCAAAGCUCUUAUCGUCCAAUCGUUGCGGAAGGUUCGAGAAUACAAUAAGGACUUCGAGUUUAUCAAGUUCAGUUGUGGACUCUUCAUGAAUUAUUUCGCGUACGGCAAUCCCAAACCUGAUGGUGGGAAGGCCCACGGACAUCUCAGACAGUUCCCGUUUGUCAUCGACAUCUCAAAGGGAACUGCAGAUGUUCCCGGAGAUGGAAACCACAAAUUCUGUUAUACGACUGCGGAAGACGUUGGAAGAUUCACCGCCGCCGCCACACAAUUGGAGACUUGGUCCGAAGACGGCACAAUGGCUGGGGACUUCCGUACAAUCAAUGAGAUUAUACAAAUGGCUGAGCGUGUAACAGGGAAAACGUUUGAUGUUAAAUACAACACCGAGGACGACCUUCUUGCCAGAAUGAACCCGAACCCCGAAAGCGCCAUGACCAAUUUUUACUUGGAGGUUCUUCUCGGAAUGAUCAGGGGAGAGUGCGACCAGGGAGCGGAGUUGAAUAAGCUGACGAACGUCAAGCCAACUUCGGUGGAGAGCUUUUUACAGGCAUGGUGGGGGAAUUGA